AUGGUCUCGCAAUCUUUACGUUUCGUACCUUCAGUGAUGCGUAGUGUUUCUGUACGAUCUACUACAGUUAUUGCUGCUGGUGUUAGUGGUGUUACUAUUCCAUGCAGUAGUAAUAGUAGUAGUAGUAGUAAUAAUUGUAGUUGUCACUGUUCAGCUCUCUUUACAUCUAGGCGAGGAAUUAUUGUUCCACAUCAAUUGAAAGCAUAUGGAGGAACCUUUAGUCAAUCUAUUGGAGAACGAUCUGAUCACCUUAUUGGCAAUCUUGUAUUACAGAGUCUUUCACCAUCUCGUAUGGAUAAAUCCCCACUUCUCUCAAAGAAUCUUAAAACAAAGACAGUAACAAGUUUUGAAGAUAUGUUACUCUGUUCAGAACUACGUAAUGUACUAACGGAGAGUUUACACAUCACAACUCCAUCACCUAUUCAACAAACUGCUAUUGAGGUGAUUUUACAACGUAAAGAUACAGUAGUGGCAGCUCCACAUGGAGAAGGUAAAACAUUAGCCUAUUUACUUCCAUUAUAUCAAAAUAUGAUGAAAGAUCGUGAUGUUUAUAAAAUUCCUUUACGUGAACGUCGACCUCGUAUGUUUUUACUUGCUCCCACAAAGGAACUUGUGGCCCAAUUACAAUAUGUUUGUAGUAAAUUAGAUGCAGCUACUGGAUUACACUCUAUUUCAUUUACUUCACGUAAACGAGCCAAACAUCAUUUAAGUCGUUUACUUAAACAUAGUUUGGCAGAUGUAGUUAUUAUGGAUCCCAAACUCCUGUUAAGACUUAUUCGAACACGUCGACUCUUUUUAGAUGAUAUCCGUUAUGUGGCUAUAGAUGAGGCAGAUGCGAUGCUUUCUUCUCAACAUGAUCAUGAUGCGGUUCAUCUACUUAUGAAAAUUCAAAAACGAGUUAUGUUUAAACAUCUUUGGCCUGUAAAGACUCAAACUGUUUUCGCUACUUCUUUUAUGACACGUAAAUUGGAAUUUGUUGUGGGAAAAAGAUAUCCUGAUGCGGUUACAUGUAUGCAGCGGAAUCGCAUGCAUCGCCCAUCAGAAACUCUUCAUCAUCGAUUCUUUGCGGUUGCAAGAGAACAGGAAAAGAUGGAUGUACUUCAGCAUCUACUUAAGAAACAUGGUAAUCAACCACGUCCUAUUCAUACCGAUGAGGAGGAAAUACAAGUUCAUACAAAACCACAUUAUUUAUCUGGUACAUUGGAGGAAUUAAUAGAACGUCAAGGACAUUACUAUAAUUAUGAUGAUAGUGUUAGUCAUAGUGAUAGUAGUAAAGAAGGGAUGAAGGAUAAUGAAAAAGAAGAAGAAGGAGAGUUUCAUACGCAUAAAGGGAAAAGAAAAGAAAAGAUGGCAACAUCAGUUAAUAAUAAUAAAAAUACUAAUAAUAAUAAUAAUGAGAUCACACUCUCCACUUCUUUAUCACCUUCUUCACCUUCAUCUUCUUUUUUACGCUUCUCCAAUCUUGGUGAAGAUGAACGUGUACGUGAGGAGGUACGAUGUGCUUUGGAACAAGUGCGUCCAGUUCGUUGGGAACAUUUAAAAACAAUUGCGGCUCCCUUUACAUCUCAUAUUCCCCGAACGGUGUUUGGAGAAGGAAAACGAGUGAUGGUGUUUGCACGUGGUAUUGACUCCGUAACCGCCAUCUUUCAUCAUUUACGUGGAAAGGGAUUUGCCUGUUCUUUACUACAUGCAGCUUUACCAACCACUGUACGUAGUCGUAUGUUUGCAGAUUUUGCCUCUGGCCGUACGAAUAUUCUCUGCGCGACGGAUCUCGCCAGUCGUGGUUUAGAUGUGCAUGUGGAUAUCGUGAUUAACUUUGAUAUGCCAACAAAUGCAUUAGUUUAUUUGAGUCGUGCUGGCCGUACUGCACGUCAAGGACGACUUGGUCGUGUGUAUAGUUUAUAUAAUAAACAACAAGGGGUGAUUGUCUCUGCUGUUCGGGCCUUUCUUCAUAAGAAUAUCCCACUGGAGGGGGUGAGUAAUUGGAAAACACAUAUGACGACCCCACGUUAUUCGGAAUGGCGUACACACAAGACAAAUGCCAUUGCCCGUGCGUAUGUUUCUCUCAUCACACAAAAAACAAUUCCCGCCCAUUUGGAACGGACGUAUUUACAUCAUAAUGCCACUUGGCGGCCAAUCUUUCAUCCACGCACGGCCGGUGUGCAUGGCGGUGUGCCGCCGCGGCAACAACAACGCAUUAUGGAUGCCGUUACUUCUCAGGCCGUGUGGUUCCGGCGGGGGCAACUCGCCCGGCGAAAAGGCGGUCGGGCCAAAUUUGGAUCUCGAGAUGCGAAUCUCGGCGUUUGGAAUGAUGUCGGCGGAGUGGCCGCGUUGGGAAUGGCGAAUGCGGAACAGAGCGCAAACCCCGCUGGACUCGACUUUGGACCACCACAGGGACCACCCAAGUAA